GUCAAGUCAAAACUGUCAGUUGUCGCUGUCAAUUUGUUAGGGCAAAGACGAAAAUUUUAGUUGAAUUUUGUUAAUUAAUUUUGAUUUACAAAUUAGUUUUUACCGACCAGCGACCGUUCGAAUCGCACAAGUUCAAACAAUAUUUAAUCGCCGUUAUCCAAGCAAAAAUGCCGCGAGGAAAAUUCACCAACCACAAAGGCAGGAACCGCAGGUUUACCAACCCGGAGGAGCUCGAGGAGGAACGAAGGAAGGAAGAGCAGCAGAAGAAAUGGAGGCGGAAGAAAGGCGAGAGCAGCGAGGGCGAAUCAGACGAAGACGAGGCGGCUGGUGAUAAAAAAAUUAGCGAAGAAGAAGCGUCCGGUUCUGGUUCCGAUUCGGAGGGUUCAAGCGAUGACGAUGUAGAGGUGAAAGCCAAAGGCGUUUCGAAUCUCAUAGAAAUCGAGAACCCGAAUAGGGUGCAGAAGAAAACGAAGAAAAUUACCAACGAUCUCGACGUGGCAGAAUUGGACGGAAAACCGCAACUGUCGAGGCGAGAGCGCGAAGAAAUCGAAAAGCAAAAGGCGCAGGCCCACUAUCAAAAAUUGCACGCCGAAGGCAAGACAGACCAGGCUAGGGCCGAUCUGGCUAGAUUGGCUAUCAUUAAACAGCAACGGGAAGAGGCCAAGAAACGUAGGGAAGAAGAACAACGAGAAAAAGAGAAUGCUGCCAAAGAGAAAACGGCUCAAACGAAGAAGGCCUUGGGUAAAAAAUAAUAAAAGUGUUUUUAUUAUUAAAUUAUUAUUAUUAAUUUCUACUGCAAUGUUUCAAUUGGCUUGUUUUAAAUGUUUCAUAUGUUAAAAUUAACUUUUUCACUUAUUUUUUUCGUGUAUAUAUCUUCUACUACUCGUAAAUUAUAAUCCAGUGAUAGUUGAAUUGGUUGAAUUAAUCAUAAAAAAAAUCAGUGAUUGAUUUUGUUCGUGUUUUUCGUAUUUG